AUGACUUCGAUACUGUUUUCGCCGGCACCUUAUGUAAGUCUGCAACUCACAUCCUCAGGCAAGUCGACUUCGCCUACUCGGACAGAAACACAUAUCUCUGUUGUGGACAAACACCAUCCCAAGACAAAACUAACAUCCCCUUUCCCGACCCACAGCUACGGCACCCUCCUCGGCUCUUCCCUCUUCCAAUCCUUCAUCGGCGGCGUCAUCGCCUUCCGCGUCCUCCCCCGUCCGCAAUUCGCCACCCUCCAACAAGCCACCUUCCCCGUCUUCUUCGGCAUGCAAUCCGUUCUACCCAUCCUUCUGGCCCUCACCCUUCCCACCGAACGUACCGCCAUCAGCACCAUUCCACCCUCCAUCUCCGGCUGCCUCGAUCCCAUCAACCGGUGGACAGUGCUCGCCCCCCUAGCAACGAAUUGGAUUGUGGCAGUAGUGAACCUGCUGUAUUUGGGUCCGGCGACGACGAAGGUGAUGAGGGAGCGGAAGCAUCAGGAGACGAGGGAUGGGAAGAAAAGUUAUGAUCAGGGCCCGCAUAGUCCUGAGAUGGAGAGAUUAAACCGGAAGUUUGGGGCUUUGCAUGGGGCGAGUGCUGGGAUCAAUCUUGUUGGGAUCGCUGCGAUCGUGUAUUACGGGUUUUACUUGGGAGCGAGGAUGAUCUGA